ACCGUUACGGAUCACACGUAGGGACUGUGGGGCGGUGACUUGGCCUCCAGAUAGCCAGCAGAGCUCGUUGUUUACUUCUACGUAUUUUCUUCCUCCUCUCCCUUAAUCCAUCACCCGGAAGUGGGCUGGGACCAUAGGCUGACAGCCUUGGAUGAGUUGGGGUUGUUUUCUGAAACUUCCUGGGCUGCUGUCCCGUUUGAACCAUUUUUGUCAGCUUCGAUUCACCUUUCCAUUCCAGGGCCUUGCCGGAGAUGGACAGCCGGAUUCCUUACGAUGACUACCCAGUGGUUUUCCUGCCUGCCUAUGAGAAUCCCCCAGCGUGGAUUCCUCCUCAUGAGAGGGUAUACCAUCCGGACUACAACAAUGAGUUGACGCAGUUUCUGCCCCGAAUCGUCACACUGAAGAAGCCCCCUGGAGCUCAGUUGGGAUUUAACAUCCGAGGAGGAAAGGCUUCCCAGCUCGGCAUCUUCAUCUCCAAGGUGAUUCCUGACUCUGAUGCACAUCGAGCAGGACUUCAGGAAGGGGACCAAGUCCUAGCCGUGAAUGAUGUGGAUUUCCAAGAUAUUGAGCAUAGUAAGGUGAGCACAGCGCUCGGGCUGCGGUGAGGCAAGAAGCCAUCC